AUGAAAAGGAAGAAAACACAGGAUAUUUCUAGUUUUUUUCUUAAAAAAACGCCUCCUCAACAAGAUCAUCCUCCUACACAAGAUCAUCUUCCUCCACAAAAUCCCCCUCCUCCACAAAAUCCUCCCUCGCCUCAUGCAAGUGAACAAAAUAUUUCUCCACAUCAAGCAAGUGAGCAACAAUAUUCUCCAUCACAUAAUUCCUCUCAAAAUCAAGAUGAUCAAUCUUUUCCUCAAGUUAGUUCCUAUCUUAGAGCUCCUAUUAGUGGUGAAAGGUUAAGUGAACUUGAUAUUGUCAAUCUUCCACAUGACCCCAGAAUGAGGAGAAAGAUGACUGAUUUUCAUCCAUGUGAUAGAGAUUUAGUGAGGAGAACUUACAUUCAAAGAAAGCCUUGUCAACCUAAAGAAUUCAAGUUUCCUCAAUCACUUUUUGGUAUGAAAAAACGUCGAUUUAAUGUUAAAUGGUUUGAUACUUGGCGAACUUGGCUUGAGUAUAGUGUCUCCAAAGAUGCUGCUUUUUGUUUUAUUUGCUAUUUGUUCAAGGAUGAACAUUCAGUUGGAGCUGAAGCUUUUGUUGGUGAGGGUUUCCGCGCUUGGAAUAGAUUAUCUACAAUUAAAGAUCAUGCAAGUACACACAUGGGUGUUUACCAUAAGGCUGUGAUGGCUAUGGAGUUAUUCAAGAAACUAAAGGGUAGCAUUGUCACCGCUUUAUCAAAGCAAACAGAGGAAACUAUGAGUGCUUAUCAACAUGAUGUUGAAUAUUCAAAAGUUGUUUUGAAAAAGGCCCCUAGUAAUUGUCAACUUACUUCUCCUGUUGUUCAAAAAGAUAUUAUCAAUGCUUGUGCAAAAGAGACAACUAAUGCAAUACUUGAAGAUAUGAAGGGUGAGAUGGGUGAGAAGGGUGAUAAGGGUUUUUUUGCUAUCCUUGCUGACAAGUCUGCCGAUGUUUCUGAUAAAGAACAAAUGGCUCUUUGUUUGAGAUAUGUUAAUAAAAGGGGGGAAGUGUGUGAACGUUUUCUUGGUGUUGUGCAUGUUCCCAAUACUACUUCUUUGACUCUUAAAGCUGCUAUUGAGUCAUUACUCAUGGAGUACUCUUUAACUUUCUCUCAAGUUCGGGGUCAGGGUUAUGAUGGGGCAAGCAAUAUGCAAGGUUCAAUCAAUGGCCUCAAAACUUUCAUAUUGAAUGAAUGUCCACAAGCAUACUUUGUACAUUGCUUUGCUCAUCAACUUCAGUUGACACAAGUUGCCCUUGCUAAGAAGAAUUCAGAUUGUGCUUGGCUUUUUGUUGAUGUACUUGCAAAUCUCUUGAAUUUUGUGGGGGGUUCACCUAAGAGGAAAGAAUUUCUUAGAGAAAUACAAGCUCAACGUGUUGUAGAAGCAUUAUCCUUAGGUGAACUUGAAACAGGAACGAGAUUAAAUCAAGAACGUGGCUUGGGUAGACCUUGUGACACUCGUUGGGGCACUCACUUUAAAUCAAUUUUGAAUGUGCUUGAUUUAUAUCCCACGAUCCUUAAGUCACUUGAUGCAAUUGUUGGAGUUUCUAAUACAACUGAUUCGAAUAGAGCACAAGCUAUUACAUACAUGUUGAUGUCUUUUGAUUUUGUGUUUGUGGCACACUUGAUGGUUGCUAUAUUUGGGAUUACAAAUGAAUUGAAUGUGGCAUUGCAAAAACAUGAUCAAGACAUUGUAAAUGCAAUGGCUAUGGUUGAUGUAACGAAGUUCAAUUUGCAAAAGAUGAGAGAUGAAGAAUGGGAUUCUCAUAUGGAGAAAGUCACUUCUUUUAUGGUUAAACAUGGCAUUGAGGUUCCAAAUAUGGAGGAGAGAUAUGUUGUUCCUGGGAGAAGGAUGGCUAGAGAAAAAUUGAUUCAACUUGCUAAAUUCUAUCCCAAUGAUUUUCCAAGUGAUGAAAUAAUUGUCUUUGAUCGUGCACUUCAAAAUUUCAUUGUUACUAUGAGAACAGAUGAUAGAUUCUGGAAUUUGAAGACUAUUAAUGAGCUUUCUAGGAAACUUGUUGAGACGGGGAAGCAUAAAACUCAUGACCAGGUCUACUUGCUUUUGAAGUUGGUGUUGACUCUCCCUGUUUUUGAAUGUUAA